UAGUCUCAUUUUUGGACGUUUUGAUAUGAAAAAAAUCAUUUUCAGCCCCCGCCAAUGAAGCCUAUAAAAAGGCUGUGGCACAUUAUCCCCUUUUGUUUACCUCUCUUUACAAUGUCAAGCAACAUUGAAGGCGAACUAUUUCAUCAUUCAAAGCGAGCCGAUAAUACUACACAAAUAAAGAGACAAUCAGCUGCAAACGUGUUACAGCAAUACUCUUUACUCGCCAUGAACUCUUUAAAAGAUUGUGAAAGUCCUGCAAAAACACGGUUAAAAAUGAUGCGCUGAAUUACCAACCAAAGAAUC